GCCUAGGCGAGAGGAAGGUGCCCCGGGCGCACUGGGCAGGGCCAGCAGCCGGGCACCUCUCCCUUCCCCCUGGAGCUGGAGCAGGCGGGGCCGAGUGAUGCUGCCUCUUCCUCCUUUGCUUCCUCCUUCGCGGACAAAGAGCCACCUCCCCGGCAGCGGCGGCAGCAUGAGCGGCACCAGCCCGGACCAAGAGGAGCCCGAGAAGGAGAUGGAGCUCUCCGCCGAGGAGGAAAGGGCGGGCGCCGAGCUGGACUGGGAAGCCGCCAAGGCCGCCUACGAGAGCCUCACCACCACCAAGAGACCCCGGCCACCCAAACCCCAAAAUGCCAUCACUGUCGCUGUAUCCUCCCGGGCUCUCUUUGAUAUGGUGGAAGAGAGGAAAAUCUAUGAAGAACAAGGCCUGGAAAAGUACGUGGAGUACCAACAGGCAAACGAAAAUGUCACCCUGAAGCCUGGGCCAGCCUUUUGCUUCGUAAAGGCCCUGGAGGAAGUCAAUGCCCGACUUCGUGAGCUGUAUCCAGAUGACGAAGAGCUGUUUGAUAUUGUGCUCAUGACUAAUAACCAUGCUCAAGUUGGGGUGAGACUGAUCAACAGUAUUAACCAUUAUGGUCUGUUAAUUGAACGGUUUUGUAUGACUGGAGGAAAGAGUCCUGUUGGGUACUUGAAGGCAUACCUUACCAAUUUGUACCUGUCUGCUGACUCUGAAAAGGUUCAAGAAGCCAUUGAAGCAGGAAUUGCUUCAGCGACAUUGUUCACAGGAAAUAAAAAGGUUCCUUUUGAUGAUAAGCAGCUCCGAGUGGCCUUUGAUGGAGAUGCUGUUCUGUUUUCAGAUGAGUCUGAAAUAAUUGUGAAAGAACAUGGCCUGGAUAGAUUUUUUGAGCAUGAACAGUUGAACGAGAAUAAACCUCUUGCACAGGGCCCUCUGAAAGGCUUCUUGGAGGAUCUUGGAAGGCUCCAAAAGAAGUUCUAUGUGAAGAACGAGCGGCUGGAUUCACCAAUCAGGACGUAUCUGGUGACGGCCCGGAGUGCUGCCAGUUCGGGCGCCCGAGUGCUGAAGACUCUCCGCAGCUGGGGAGUGCAGAUCGAUGAGGCCCUCUUCCUCGCAGGAGCACCCAAAGGACCGGUCUUGGCCAAAAUCAGACCUCACAUUUUCUUUGAUGACCAGAUGUUUCACAUAGAGGGUGCGAGGCAGCUGGGCACGGUUGCAGCUCACGUGCCUUAUGGCAUCGGGCAGAAGUACCACAAAUCCAAAUUGAAGGACAGCCCCGCCACCAAUUAGUUCCUUCUCUUUUUGCAUUGAAUGUGUUCAAAAAAGAAAUUUCCAUACGUGGACUUCUUUUAAAUAUAUAUUAUUUAAACAUGGCUCCUUCAGGUUUGUACUCUAUUUUUAGAUAUUUUAUACUAUAGACACAUUUUUGGAGUGGGGUUUUGUAAUGUUACUGAAUAAUUGGAUACAAUCUGCAUUCCCCUGUGCAUACCCAGUAGAACUUUAGUACCAAAUCAAUAAAGUACAAGCCAGGAUAAAAAUCAAUAAUGUUUCCAUUAAUUAGGCUGGUGUAUGGAUUGCACUCCUUUCAUGCUUUUAAUGCUGGAUAUAUUCUCAGUGCAUUAUUUAGAACUCAAUCACUGUGCAUUUCCCCUCCCUGAAAUACCGUACAUUGUCAUGUAUAAGUAGACUUUAUGCCCUGCCUCAUGUACAGAGGAAGAAUUGUUUAAAGCUGCAGACAAUGCAGUUGUUGUUGCCUGGUUUUGGUCAAAAAUUAUUUAGCCACUUUUGCUCCUAUUUUUAUCACGUUACACUUUUGUAUGCAAUGCUUUUGACAUGAAAUAAAUAAAAAGUAGACUAUG